AUGGAAACAGCAACCCUAGUCGCCAUCUUUAUAUCUGGUUUACUUGUAAGUUUUACUGGGUAUGCUUUAUAUACCGCUUUUGGGCAACCCUCUGAACAACUAAGAGAUCCCUUCGAGGAACACGGAGACUAGAUGGAAACAGCAACCCUAGUCGCCAUCUUUAUAUCUGGUUUACUUGUAAGUUUUACUGGGUAUGCUUUAUAUACCGCUUUUGGGCAACCCUCUGAACAACUAAGAGAUCCCUUCGAGGAACACGGAGACUAG